UCUUGCAUCUUUAAUCAUUAGACAUGCAAUAACAAUUCUUUCAGGAUAAUCAAUUCAUCAAUCAAAAGUAAAUGUAUUGUCAACAACUUUAAUCAAUCAAUUCAGUCAUAUUCAAAGAAUGUGUCCUCUAUUAUGUGAGAAUUUUUUUCUUAUCUAUGAAAGUAAAUUAAGUGAUUCUUUUUACAUGUUACAGACUAAACAAUCCAUUCAUUGUGAACAUAAUCAACAGAUUGAUUGUCAGUAAAAUCAAUCAGGAUUUGCUGUUUCGCUGCUACCCAGAGUCUGGGUUUUGGACUGUUGCUCGGAAAGAAGAAGAAAUUGGAAGAUGUCAGUCUGGGCUCAGUAAAAUUGUUGGUUGGAGCCUUGUGUAAUUAUACUUCAUUCUUUUGUGGGAAAAAGAAAUCUAUUGCAAUCUAUUAACAGAUAUGAUUUAGAAUUAGUGUGACUGAUCAUCUGAUCACUGAAAAACUAUAAAAUCUUGAUGUUAUGACAUUUGUUGGUGUCUCUACUGUUUUCUUACAUCUGGAUAACUAGAUUUGUAGGCCAGGACAUUUCUUUAUUACAAUGAUUUUCCAUCACAUCUUUUACCUUUACAGAACAACUGAGGAUUCUGUGAUUUGGAUACUGCACAUAGCUAUAUUUUAAUUGAGAUAAACUGAGACGGUUUCAUUGAUUCAACAAUAACUGAGACAGCUGUUUUUCUCCAUUUUAUCUUGACCGAGAUGUGGUUUCUCAGAACUGAACAGGAAGCGGUGCGAUAUGAACUCAACCAAACGUCUGGACAGCCUGAGCGAAGCUUUCUUAAAAACCUUCAUCACAUUUGCCAUCGCUGUCAUCAUCAACUUCAUCAAUGGAACUUUUGUCUACACCUACUUUCGGAGCCAUGUCUUCCAGAGAGACCCAAGGUAUGUGCUGUACAUACAUUUGGUUAUCAAUGACAUGAUCAUGCUGACAAUUGCUGUGGCGCUGCAGAUCAUGAUCUACACCAUUCCCCUGAAACUGGCUCCCUGCUGCAUUCUGCUUCUCAUCUUAGUCACUACAAACAAGAACAGCCCUCUGAACCUGGCUGGCAUGGCACUCGAGCGUUAUAUUGCUGUUUGCAAACCUCUUCAUCACGUCCAGAUCUGCACCGUGCAGCGGACCUACGGUUUCAUCACACUGAUCUGGGCCGUCUCCCUCAUGCCCAGCGUCACAGAUGUCAUCUUCCUUGUUGCCACCCAGCCUCUUUCGAGCUUCUCAAGAAACGUCAUCUGUUACGAGUCCAACAUCUUCAGCACACCAUUCCACAAGACACACAGGGAAAUUGUCCAGGGUCUUCUGCUUUGCUUCGUCUUCCUUACUGUGCUCAUCACCUACUUGAAUGUCCUCUGCGCUGCCCGGGCGGCCUCAGGUUUGAACCAGGCCUCAGCCAGAAACGCCCGUAACACCAUCCUGCUGCACGGAGUCCAGCUCCUCAUCUGCAUGUCCUCCUUCAUUGCUCCAUUUAUCAACAUCAUGUUAGUCACCGCUUGGCCCGAGAAACGCAGUACAAUUCUCUUCACCACCUACCUGAUUUCCGGUGUACUUCCACGUCUGCUCAGUCCGCUCAUAUACGGCAUCAGAGACAAGACGUUCAGCAGCCACAUCAGGAUGCUCUACUGCUGGAGCUGUUAUCCUGCAGAGAAGAGGGUGAACCCGAUGGGACCCCAGAGCAGGUCCAAAAAGGUCUCACACUGAAUGACCUUGAAACGCGAGUGAUUUUGCAAGUUAUAGUUCAUUAGCUGCAAAUACAAAUUGAUUUAGUUGUUUAGUGAAAGGAAUGUAUGUGAGAGAAUAAUCAACAUUUAUGCGUUUAAAUCUGCUCCGAUGCCUUCAGGCCCUCAUGGUUUAAGAGGUAAAUGCUACAUGUGGGUCAGAAAAAGUUUGUAAAAGUUUCUUUCCAUAAUAGUAACUGCAGAUUUUUAUUUUGUUUAAAUACACAUUCUACUCAGUGAGUCCCACCUGGCUAUGAUGGCAUCAUCUCACUGAAUUAGCAUCACAGAAAUCUAUAUAACAGCAUCUUUCCUUGUUGCUCUCAGUGCUCACAACAACAUAUCACAACAUAGGGCAGACCAGUGAGGCACUGAAGUAAGUUUAUCUUGCUUUCCAUUUAGAAGUUUGUUAAAAAGUGAGUCAGUUUUUUAACUACUACAAAUACUGAUAAUUAUUCAGAAAUG